AUAUGCUGAAGUAGGCCGUGUGUGCCGAACAAUUUGCAUAAUAGCGGAACAUAAAUGCAUGCGCUCCAGUCUUGUGCCCAUUGUUGUUGGAUGGGUUUAUAUUGGCUGCAGGAGCCUGCCUCCCUCAAAACGUGUCACCACCCUGCUCCCACGGCUAACGAUUAGGGCCUAUUUGCAGACCUGAAGCGGUCCAGUCUGGUCUUCACUUGGGAAAAUAUCUCUGGCUCAGAUAUGUGCACAAGAGUCAAGCCAAUGUGAGCUCAGCUGCAGACCACCUCUGUCGUUUUGACUUGGAAACUGUUUUUCUGGCCGUCCCUGCACCGGUCAGAUCUCCAUCCAGUCCCGUUGGUGUUCAGAGAGAGUCCGGUCUGCCCACCAUCAGUCAGUUUUCUCCUGAGUUGGUGUAUUCUGAUGGAUCAGUAUGUCUACCACUAAUAAUAUCGCCCAGGCCAGGAAACUGGUGGAACAGCUGAGGAUUGAGGCAGGGAUUGAACGCAUUAAGGUGUCUAAAGCAGCAGCAGACCUGAUGAGUUAUUGUGAGCAGCACGCUCGUAGCGACCCUCUGCUGGUUGGGGUUCCCACCUCCGAAAACCCUUUCAAGGACAAGAAGCCCUGCAUCAUCCUAUAGCCGCGCUACGCUCCUCCUGCCAUCACACACACACACACACACACACACACACUUAUAUUUACUCAUGCACAAACAUCAUUGCACACAUUCAGUACUUCAAUUGAUCCCCGGACACACACAUCACAUGCAAACACACACUUCAAGCCAAUCUAGCACACACACACACUCCCCAAAUAGCCACUCUGGAAAAGCGCCAUACCCUGGAGCUGCAGCUAGAGGGCAGGUAUCUUGUUCUCUCGGUGGCUGAGAUCAGAAUAUCACUGAGGUGCUUUUGGUAAUAUUCAUAUAUGCUGGUAAAUUAACUACAAGUGUCAGCUUAACUUGAAAAAGAGAUUUGGACAUUAAUAAUCAGUAGGAAACCAGGAUAUUUGUUCCUUGUUUUGUCAUGAAAUGAGGGGUUGGGUAAAGGAUGGACAGCAGUGCCAUAGGCAAGGAGUGGGAGGUUGCAUGUAGGCAACAGAAAUGGGCGGUAGGCGCUCUUGCCGAUCAUGCCAAACACAACCUGGUUUCCCAUUAAAAGCUCAAGAAAAGCUAUUUUUUGUGAAAGUUCUAAAAAGGUUUGAGAGAUUUUUCCACAAACCUGCCAUAUGCGAAAUUAUAGCAGCUUAUUUUGGAGCGAGUGGCUAAAGCCUUUGCCUUUAUCAGGCUAGCAUGUUCCCACCCAAACCUGUAUCAACAGACCUUCUCUGCCUGUGGCCUCACUGCAGCCUUUUGGCCAAACCUCCAGCUGUGCCAACCUGUACAGAAAGUCGUCUCUAGAUGCUGAUCUGCUGUCACCGAUUCCACUGCAGUUUAUUAUGGCUGCUGUUGGUUGAAAUCGAUGUCUAAGCUGACCUCAGAUCUGCACCUACGACGGGAACAUUGUGAACUGCUCUACACAGAACUCAAGCUAUUAACCCUGGACGUUUACUGCAUUUUUCUUAAGGAAUACUUGUUUGUGAACUCAAUGUACGUUUUGAUAUUUUGUUGAUUACUUAACAGAUUAGAUAAUAUUUUACUUUUUUAUUAUUGUUUUGGUUUGACAUAUGUGUUGCCCCUGGCUGAGCCCGUUUUUUUCUUCCUGUCUGACGUUAAAUGCUAGUCUUAAUGAAACGACAGGAGAUCUGGUUGUAAGCCAGGGGUAAUACCUCACCAGAUACGUGCUAGAAUCUUAAACAAAGGUUUCUACUGUACAUCAAACCUCCCUCUGCUUUACCCUGAGAGAGGGCCAGGUCACAGACUGACCAUACCUUAGAAUCAGUCUGCAAGGACUGCAAGGCUGGAGGAGUAAACCCCGUCUUUAAAAGUAAGCUGAAAGUAGAAAUCAAGCUUUCCAUUUUCUACCUUCUCCUCUUAUGUUUGAUUCUUUUUGAUUGGCAGUUUGCUUAAGGUUAAGUGAAGAGAUAUUUUGCAUUGGAUAAUGCAAAAAUCGAGGUGUUUGUUUUGUGUUCUACUACAGUAGAGAAGACGGAUACCUCUUGUUUCAAUGCAUACUAAUUAUGGCUUUAAAUCCGAUUAUGAUUAAUAUGACCUGGCUUUACCAGUGUUUAAAGUUUCCAGUUUCCCAGUUUGAGCAAAAAUCUGGUCAGGGACUUGAUCGGUCCCGUCUCCGAGUUUCCACUGUCCUCCUCUCCUCCUCAAUGCUCCUCCUCUCUGACAAACCAAACUUGAUUGUAAAAGCUCAAGAUAAAGUGAGGAAAAAACGAAGUCAAGAGAAACAAACUAAGUGUAUAAACUUUCUUUCAGACGUGCAGAAGUGAUAAGUUGAAGAGUAGCUGUUUUGAGUUUAUUUUUGAGUUUCUUCUUUCUAUGGAGUCCAUGGAACCUGGUCAGUUGAGUAUUACCCUGUACAGUGUUUGUAAGAUGCAAAAUCUUAACACAGAAUCCCUUUCUGUGGAUGUUGGAUUUUUUUUUAGUACUACUUAUUCUGUUCUGUCAGUCACCGUCAUGUCUGUCUUCAUUCCAUCCUCUUUUUCUGUUAUUCGUGUUUUAGAGGCUUGUGAUAGCAGAGGAUGGUUUUAAACACAGAUAAAAAUACAAACACCUGAUACAAACAAAAGCCCUGUUAGGUUUAGGAUUGUAUCCUUUUAGAGGAUGAAUCCACAUCGGACCUCAUUCCUGUGGCAAAAACCAACCUCCUGAUCUAUACUCUAAAACCAGAGCAGCCAUUUUAUUCUAAAGUGUUGGUUUUGGUGGGACAGGCAACUAGGACUAUACACAUGCACAUAGCACACACUCUCUCUUGCUGUUCAUUUUUAGGUUUGAUUGUCACAGGUCAAAGGUUAAAGGAUCGGCAGGGUCGGGGACUGAGAGCUGCUUUUGAUGAUUAAUUGCUGAAAGAAGGAAGCUUUGUGCCAUCAUGUUCACAUUUGAGCAUUUAGCCGAUGCUUUUGUCAAGAGUAAUGUAAAGUGAAAGAGCAGGGUGGAGUAAUUUGGGCAAGACUUGUGGUUGCUAAUGGACUGUCAUGAGAGCGGAACCCAUUCCUUUUCUGUCUCUUAUAACUUGGUCAAUAUGAGCCAUCUGCUGCACUGACUUCUGGGGUUGAGAGGUGAGCACUUUUGUGUGCACACAGUCUGAAAAACCGACACGUUGUAAAAA